AUGCCGCCUACUAAGAAGGGAGACUUGGAUAAGUUAGCAUGGGCAUGGAUAGAAUCUAUCAGUCCAGACGAGAUUGAGAAAACACAUUUAGAAACUGCAUAUAGAAUUGGAUUAAAGAGUUGUAAAAAUUGCAAACGCAAUUGCACCUAUAAUCCCCAAUGUCUGACAGGUUUAGGAGAAGACAAAUAUAUGAAAUCUCAGCCAGCCGAGGUAGUGUCUUUAGAAAGUUCCUUAUCAGAGUUACGCGAUCCGACCCAAUAUGUUGGCUUAAAGAAUCUAGGUGCUACUUGUUACGUCAAUAGCUUAAUUCAAAUGUGGUUUCACAACGAAGACAUGAGGAGAAUAAUAUACAAAUGGGAUAUUACGGAAGAUCCAGAGGAGAAGGAGGCAUUGUGUCAGUUAAAGAAAGCAGGAGUACCCUAUCAUCCAGUAACUGCGGUUGGCCAAUUGCAGUACCUUUUUGCAAUGAUGCAAUUCGGCAAUAGGAGCCUUCUUGAUCCAGUCAAUCUCGCUAUUGCGUUAUCCUUGGAUACCAGAACACAGCAAGAUGCCCAAGAGUUCUCCAAACUGCUAUUGUGCCAUAUUGAAGGAAAGCUACAGCAAAACUCAGAACUGGAGCAGAUGCUGCAAAGGCUGACUCAGGGAAAAUAUAGCUAUAUCAAUAGUUGUUCCACGUGCAGCACUGAGUACCCAACGUCUACCACAUUCUAUGAGUUGGACCUACAGCUGGCGGCAACUUUAAAAGGGGCAAUCGACAAUUAUUUGUCAGAAGAACAACUGACGGGAGCGGAUCAAUAUCAUUGUGUUACUUGCAAUGAUAAAAAGGACGCCAGGCGAUUCAUACGACUGGAGUCGCUCCCAGAGACUUUAAAUAUUCAACUAAUGCGCUUUGUAUUCCAUAGAGAUUCCGGACAGAAGAAGAAAUUGAAUUCAUAUAUUCAGUUUCCUGAAGAGCUUGAUAUGUCGGAAUAUAUUAGGUGUCAACCUCAAACUCAUCUGUACAGUCUCGUCGCUGUAUUGAGCCACAAAGGUCCAUCUGCAUAUUCGGGGCAUUAUAUCGCGAAUAUAUGUAAUUCAAGCGGGGAGUGGUAUCAAUUUAGCGACGAUAAAGUUGAAAAAAUGCAAAAUAAACGAAUCGAGGAUAGCGUAAAUGAUAAAUCAAUGAAACGUGGGCGUGUUCCAAAAGGAUUUCUAUCAUCCAACACAGCUUAUAUGUUGGUUUAUAAAAAGUUAACUUCGGAUGGGCGAAUAAAUGCUGUGAAGAAAGUAAAAUUGAAAAAACCUGAUGUGGAAAUAAAUGCCUCCAAUGAUACUGUUUACUGUGAGAAACUUGCAGUUACAGAAAAAUCGGAUACCAGGGACGAACUGACGCAGAAAGCUGAUAUUGAAGAUGCACCAUUAAUUCAAGAAGAAAACUCUGAAAAAAUAUUGAAAUUAAGUUUAGAGAAUGUAAUAGAAGUAGAUAAAUCUGCAAUAUCUAAAAAGACUGAUACACCUAUCAUGGGUGAAAAUAAUACAGAAAUUGUUGCUAGCACAAAUGGAUGUAAAGACACGCAUGAGUCUACUUUAGAACAAUUACAAAAGGUUCAUCUAAAAGAGUCAAUGGUGAAAGUUGUUAAGCUAGAUUAUAAACGGUUGAAUGGUGACGCACACAGAGCUAUGAGUUGCGGUGAACGUGAUUUUUAUGAAGAGAUGGAAUUUGAGAAUUGGCAAGUAAGCAGUACGAUGCGUGAACUUGUUAGACAAGAAAAUGUUAAACACGAAUUGAGUUUGUUAGCCGCACAGCAAGAAAAACAAAAAGAAAUUGAAGAUCAGAAUUCCAAACGACAACUUGUAAUAGAUGUGUAUAAUAUAAUCCAUUCAACAGUAUCUUGGAGUAAUUAUUAUUGGAUACCAACCGACUGGCUAUCGAAAUGGUUGAUCGGACAUUCCUCUGCAGUCGAUAUCCGUCCGAUCGACAAUUCCAAUUCAAUGUGCUCGCACUAUCGACUUGAUCCAUUGAAAGUUAGUCGUAUGAAAUGCGUGCCAGAAUUAGCAGCUCAAAUGCUUUACGAUAAAUAUCUAGGAGGUCCGCGAUUAGACCAGACGUUUUUGUGCGAAAUUUGUGUAAAGCGACGUUGCAAAUUAUUACGUUUCAAGAUAACACUUGAACGAGAUCACAAAGAAGUUGGAGAAUUAAUUCGCACAUUUAAAGAACCUGUUGAAACAAGCUAUAUAAUUGGUACUGAUUCACUACGAUCAUGGCGAAGGUUAGCUAUGGAAACGUUUCAAGAGGAUAUAGAACAAAAGGAAGACGAUUGCCAGGAUACUCUACAAGAGGAGAGUAAGAAUACGGACAAAGACGGCAAUGAUUGUCCGAAGGAAGUCGAAGAGAACAAGGAAAAUGAAGUUAUUAUAAACUUCAACGAAGACUUACUCUGCGAGCACAAGUCUCUUAAAACGGCAGAUUCUAGUAGAAAAGUGAUACCUCAAGAGGCAUGGGUGAUUCUCAAAAAAUAUUUUCCGGAUUCGAAAGAAUAUCCCGUUGGAUCGCCAUCCUGUUCAAUCUGUGAGGAAAAGAUGAAAAGUGCGCAAAGAGCGAAGAAAGACGACAAAAUAAAGGCGAAGCAACAGAAAGAUGAGCUUACCGACUUGUAUUAUGGAAAGAAUAGGAAUGAAAUUUCUACGUGCAUUGAUCCUCUGAAAUCUUUCUACAUUGUGGAAAAGGGCUUCCUGGACAGUUGGCGUUCCUUCGUUCGAUACGCAGAGGUCUACUCGAGAACACCACCGACAGGUAUCCAGAACGCGUCGCUCCUUUGCGAGGAGCAUAAAGGAUUACUGCACGUGCCCAGAAUUACUAACGAACUAUACACUAUAGUAACUGAGGAGGAAUGGUUGAAGCUCAUGCAGUUCUACGAUGUUGACUAUCCUAUUGUCAUAAAGAAGACUGGCGAUGACUAUUCCACGAAUCCUGGCCUAUGCGCAGCUUGCAUGUUAGCGAAGGUUGAACAGGAACGUCUAGAAAGCUUGAAGUACGAUAGAGCAACAAUCUACGUUAAAUGUAUCGAUGAAAACGUCGAAUCUAAGAUGGACGACGCUGAUUAUGAGGUAACGACAAAAAAACCGAAGAUAACGAAGGCACGUCCCUCACGAACUAGGAGAAAAUUAAAAGGAUCUCAUGAACUCAAAGUGUCUUCUGAGAUUACUUUGAAAGAACUUAAAGUAAUGACAAUGCAAAUUUGUGGGGCUGGACCAUACGAUCAACAUAUAAUGCUAGGAGAACACGAACUCAUUGAUGAUAGCCUGAGCUUGGCGACACUCGGGAUAUUUCCUGGAGCUCUACUUACAUUAAAGAUUGAUUCUCCAUUAGAAAAUGAAACCGAUGUCGAGUCUGAUGCUCACAAUUUCGAUUCUUCGUCGCCAGAGAAAGGCUUUAAAGGAACGGAAUUGGUGCCGAGCUGAUCUGUAUGAACAUAAUGUAGCUAAUUUUUUCUAACAUUUAAUAAUAGUUGAUUUAACGCAAGAUAUUUUUA